AAAUAUUUCAAUUUGUUUCCAACUGUUUCUUACGAAUUGCGUGACAUUUUAUCAUUAACAAGAAAAUAGUCAAAACAACAUCCAACGUGGACCAAUAAAAUGGACACAAGUUCCAUCUGUCACCUGUCUGUAUUUCCUAACCUAAAAUUUACCUAGAGUGCAGACAAUGUUUGAUAAACUACGUGGUCCUUAAACAAAAAUGUUCAAAUAUCUUAGUGUUUUUGUAAUAAUUGGAUUUAUUUUUUUCAUUCAGUGUAGCAAAAAUGAAGAAAAUGAUGUUUUUGUUCCAACCAAAGAGUGGCAAAUUGUUAGAAAAGGUCAAAAAAUCCCCAGGGGGCUCCACGUUAGGAUAAACCUCGAAACCGGAGAAACGGAGGCGAAAUUGCUAGACGACUCUAAGGCCCCCGAGGAUAAAACCAGGGCUUUAACGGCCUUACCUCAAGACCACGAAGACACCAAUGUCGAAAAUCUCCCAAAAUCCACCCUUGGAGAGGCCAUUAGAGAUCUCUUCACGUCCGAUGAAUUAAAAUUAAAAAAAAACAAGAACAAAUUCCGCAGUUACGAUGAGAUUAAAAAAACUCUCGGUGACUUGAAUCUAACACCAAAAAUGGAUGCCGAAAUAAUCAGAGAUUUGUUGAAAAAGCAUUUGGAGGGUCUAAAUAGGGAAAAGUUAGACAAAAGCAAGUUGUUGAAAAUUAUCGAGGAUUUGGACUUUUUGGUACAUCAAUAUGACAAUGGGCGCGAGUUCGUCAAACAGAACGCCUUCCAAGAAUUCAUUUACAAAAAUUUAAAUUCCACGGAUUUGGAUAUUAAAAAAGAAACGUUAAAGUUAAUGACUGGUUUGAUGCAAAAUAACGUAAAUCCGAAAAUCCACGCGUUUGAGAGUGGUGCAAUUGGAGUUUUGUUACGUCUUAUCAAUUUUGAGUCAGAUUUAGGAGUGAAAACCCGGGCUUUGAGUGCGUUGGGAGCUCUCUUGAGGUCGUUUCCGGUCGCCCAACGGAAGUUCGUUGAAAGUGGAGGGUUGGCUGUUUUGACGAAGUUUUUCGAUAGUGAUGAUAUCAAGUUUCAAGUUAAGUUAGUAACGAUGAUUUCGGAUUUGUUAGUUGAACACGAAUAUUCAGUCGUUGAUGAGAAUUUGCGGAAGUAUUAUACGAAAUUCGAUUUGACUAAACAUAUCCUCGAACAUGAUUGGUGCACAAAAUUAAAUAAGUUGUUAUUAGGGCUAUUGAUAACUGAUAAGGACGAUCACGAUUCAGUUGAGAAGUGUUUAACUGCCAUGCAUUCUUUAAGGGCGCAUUGUGGGGGCAAAUACGAAAAAGAUUUAAUCACAAAUUUGAAAAAACGUUACGAUUUAUUGAUAAAGUCUGAUGAUGUCGAAGACUCGACUUUUUAUAAUGUUUUAAAGGACCUUUGUGAUGAAAUUUUAUAUCAUGUAAAUAAUAGUGUAAAGACUGAAUUGUAAAAACCAAUUUGUUAUAUAAUAUAUUUAUUUUUCUUAAAUAAUAAUUUUUAAAAACUUGUUA